UUCACUCGUUGGUGGAAUUCUCCGUUUCCAAGGUAAUGUUUUUUUUUUUUUUUUUAAAGAACGUUUGUUGACUGUUUUUAGUACCUGGUAACUAAAACGAUACUUGAUGUGAUGUUUUCAAAGUUUUUUUUAAAUACAGAACAAAAGUUUUCCAAGAUAAAUAGUAGGCUACGUGCAGUGUCCCACCUGUCUCCCCUCCCCCAAAUAGCUUAUGAACCUACAUAUUGAACGAUUAUCUUUUAUCAAUAUGCAUGUAUGACUAAAGCAAAAAGGCCCAACAUUGUUUAUUACUGUAGAUUUACACAGAAAUAUGAUUUUGACAAUCUCAUUAGAUUUAUUGUAAAAAUAUAAAUAUUUUGUCUUAAAUCUUAACCUUACUUAUUUUAGAUAGUUUAACCCCACCAUAAUCAAGGAAAAGGGACCUUCAAGAUAUUUACAUUCUUUACGUUAAAAGACAAUAAAAUAUCAAGCAGGUAGUGCUGCUUUAAAAAUGAGAGUCGUCAGAUUCAAAUACAUGUUCUUAACUUGUUAAUUCACAUAUUUUGAACAGAUGGCUCAAGUAAAAUUAUAGUUGAAUUUGAUUUGAAAUUAUAUUUCCCUUUUUUUAUCAACGGUUUAGAGCAGAUCAAAUGUGCAGCAGUCUGAGAAAAAUUGAAAAUCCCCUACAACUCUACAACUGACGCUAAGACAGCCAUGAUUUCUACAGGGUGUCCCCUCUUACGUCAUGUCAAUCUGAUACACACUUUUCAUUCCAAGUUCGUUCGUCCAUAAUAGUUCAAUGGUUUGCAAAAUUGAGCAAUGCAAAAAAAAGUAUUUUUCAAGAAGGCUUAUAGAAAGAUAAUGUUUGAUUUGUGUUUCAGUGCACCAAGAAGAAUUCUGUUAUAAGAGAGCUUCACAAGGACUUCAUGGUUGGAGAUACCGCGCUCGUCUUUAAAGUCAUGCGUGAAGGGACAAUUAAUGUAAGCUUUGUGUAGCGUGGUGAUUUCCCAUGAUAUCCUAUAUUGAACUGAACUUAGAGUGAAUUUGUCAAGCCUAUCGGCUUAUAUUAAAAAUAGAUAAUUUUAUAGAUUCCUAGACAAGUAGGGUAUCAAACUUUGUCUUUCCCUGUGUCUAUACAAUGGUUUUUGAUACAGGUUAUUGUUUUGAUAUAUACCUACCGAUGAGGUGAUUCUUGUUGUAUUUGUGCACAUUUUAUGAGUGAAUCAUAUGCAUUUAAAAAAUGUAAAAAUGAUCAUGUAAGCGAUUCAAUUUUAUAAGUGGCCUGCAUAUAAAGGUCUCAAUGAUUUUUUUUUUCUUUUCACCCAAGGUCGUGGAACUUUCGAUGUUUCAGGUAACAAGAAAUGGGGUCAUCACAGUCUCAGGCUCACUUGACGAACACGAGGGACACACCUAUCUCUUGAUGCUGAAACUAAUAAAAGUAAAUAUAACGGUGAUUCUACAAGGUUUAUGACAUUCAUAAAUAUGUCAAAUAUUUUGGAUAGGUGUGGCUGUGUAGCUGGAUAGGUGUGGUGGUGUACCUGGAUAGGUAUGGUGGUGUACCUGGAUAGACGCGGUUGUGUAUCUGGAUAGGUGAUAUUGGGAAACGGGAUAGAUGUGGCUGUGCAGCUGGAUAGAUAAGGCUGUGUAGCUGGAUAGAUGUGGCUGUGCAGCUGGAUAGAUGUUGUUGUGUAGCUGGAUAGAUGUGGCUGUGCAGCUGGAUAGAUGUGGCUGUGCAGCUGGAUAGAUAAGGCUGUGUAGCUGGAUAGAUGUGGCUGUGCAGCUGGAUAGAUGUUGUUGUGCAGCUGGAUAGAUGUUGUUGUGUAGCUGGAUAGAUGUGGCUGUGCAGCUGGAUAGAUGUGGCUGUGUAGCUGGAUAGAUGUGUCUGUGCAGCUGGAUAGAUGUUGUUGUGCAGCUGGAUAGAUGUUGUUGUGUAGCUGGAUAGAUGUGGUUGUGUAGCUGGAUAGAUGUUGUUGUGUAGCUGGAUAGAUGUGGCUGUGCAGCUGGAUAGAUGUGGUUGUGCAGCUGGAUAGAUGUGGUUGUGUAGCUGGAUAGAUGUGGUUGUGUAGCUGGAUAGAUGUGGUUGAGUAGCUGGAUAGAUGUGGCUGUGCAGCUGGAUAGAUGUGGUUGUGUAGCUGGAUAGAUGUGGUUGUGCAGCUGGAUAGAUGUGGUUGUGUAGCUGGAUAGAUGUGGUUGUGUAGCUGGAUAUAUGUGGUUGUGCAGCUGGAUAGAUGUGGCUGUGCAGCUGGAUAGAUUUGGCUGUGUAGCUGGAUAGAUGUUGUUGUGUAGCUGGAUAGAUGUGGUUGUGUAGCUGGAUAGAUGUGGUUGUGUAGCUGGAUAGAUGUGGUUGUGUAGCUGGAUAGAUGUGGCUGUGCAGCUGGAUAGAUUUGGCUGUGUAGCUGGAUAGAUGUGGUUGUGUAGCUGGAUAGAUGUGGUUGUGUAGCUGGAUAGAUGUGGUUGUGUAGCUGGAUAGAUGUGGUUGUGUAGCUGGAUAGAUGUGGUUGUGUAGCUGGAUAGAUGUGGUUGUGUAGCUGGAUAGAUGUGGUUGUGUAGCUGGAUAGAUGUGGUUGUGUAGCUGGAUAGAUGUGGUUGUGUAGCUGGAUAGAUGUGGUUGUGUAGCUGGAUAGAUGUGGUUGUGUAGCUGGAUAGAUGGGGUUGUGUAGCUGGAUAGAUGUGGUUGUGUAGCUGGAUAGAUGUGGUUGUGCAGCUGGAUAGAUGUGGCUGUGCAGCUGGAUAGAUUUGUUUGUGUAGCUGGAUAGAUGUGGUUGUGUAGCUGGAUAGAUGUGGUUGUGCAGCUGGAUAGAUGUUGUUGUGUAGCUGGAUAGAUGUGGUUGUGUAGCUGGAUAGAUGUGGUUGUGUAGCUGGAUAGAUGUGGUUGUGUAGCUGGAUAGAUAUGGCUGUGUAGCUGGAUAGAUGGGAUUGUGUAGCUUGCUAUUUUUACAGUAAACAAUGGCAUGUCAUUCGUUUAACAGAGGGUAUUUUCAAAAACCAUAUCGCUCUUAAGAUGCAGAUAUAAUGCAAAUAAAACACUGAUUUAGAACUAAUCCAUUUAAUACACUGAUAAUUUUUGGCUUUACACUUUAAGAGAUUUAACAACCAAACUAACAGAACCUUUCGCCCAGCCAAGGUGUUUAUCAUUUUAAAAGCUUUUGAACAUUGUUUAUAUAUAUAUAUAUGUUCAUUAUGUUUUAUUUUAAAAGUUAUUUUAGAAACCCUUUGAAUCAUUUCAAACAAAACAAUCAAAAAUUUAGCAAAAGUAAUGCUCCUGCAUCAAUGAAUUUUUUUUUGUACACCACCUGUGUUGUAAAUCAUUAGCCAGACAACAAGUCGUCGGAGAUUGUUCCUGUAGCCAUCCAUGUUUUAGGAGAAUUCCAAAACUCAACUUUGGACGAUGGAUCUGUCUCAACUGUAAAGCCAACACAGCACGCACCACGAUUCGUUAACACGAAAUGCGCAUCCACACAAGAAUGCUACGUCCAAGUCUACAGUUCUGAAAUUCCCAAACACCAUAAGGUAUAGUACAAAUGAAUCGCUUAUUUAAGUAAUGAUACUUGGACCAUGCCCAAAGGCCUCUAGGUCGAAGUCCAGAACCUCCGGCGACCCGAUGGUGUCACAUGGGGUCUUGCCUCUUCGUGGCGUGGCAGACUAGUAGGGAGAUAUCCCCCAGAAGCUAAAAGUCCCCCGGCCCCUUGCAUGACUUCCAACGCAACGGAAGAAACGCAAUAACAUAAUUACUUGUUGCCGAUAAUGGAUAUGAGGCCUGGGUGGCGGCCAAAACCCUUGCCGAUGAUUUAAGCUACGCGGUCCUGAGAAAGCCGCUCCUAGGCGACCGUUUUGUCCCCGCUACGUCCCGACCCUGGGCGGUGGGGGGAGGUAACGCAACACCUUUCCCCCGGAAAGGAAUCAAAGCCGUUCAGACCCAAGGAGAGUGGACCGCGAACGCUUUAAGCGCAGCGUUUUCAGUCGACUGAACGUCCCCCAGGCCAACGGGGAAGGGGGGGGAGGUUUCCGGCGAGCUUCCGCAUGGUCCGGCGACGAGGAGACCCGGCGUCGGUCCAUGUGGGGGUGCCGGGAGGGGUAUUAAGAGCUCGCGCUCGACGACCCACCGACGCCAUCUGCAAUGAGACGUUAUUAGUGAUGAUUCUUGAGUCCAGGUAAGUGGUCAAAGAGACUAAUUUCAGCGAGUGUUUACAUUUGCUAAUGCUAUGAUACAAACAUGAAUAAACAUAAGUCGAUUCACCAAAUUAUAAAGCGAAUGUGAAAUUAAUUAUUUAACAAAUAUUUUAAUGAUAAUUUUAAUGUCUUAUAUUCCAUAAAAGGCAUGCAGAGAGCUUGACGAUUUAAUUGAGAAUGUGUUGAAUUUUUUCACGGGAUUUUCAUACUUACGAAAGCUGUUUCUAAACACGUAAAGCAGUGUGACCAAAGAGAUUCAUUUUGCUCAUUGAGUUAGAACGUUUGGCAAACAAACCAUCAACAUUAACUGAGUUCGGAACCUUGACACCACACGACCUGUUUGUCAUGUGACGAAACUCUGAUACCGCAUUACACAAUUUUCAUGUUAUCGUUUACUGGCUAAACACCCCCCCCCUCCCCCCUUUCGUGGUAACAGCCAAUCAUCUUGUACUUCCUUUUUCUUUACUUUUCCCUAAUUUUUAAUUGAUUUUUCUUGCAAUCUUCGCAGCAUCAUAUAAAAUAUUUUUAUUCAUUUUGUUCUUCACCAAAGAAUUAACUAAUAAUAAAAAGUGUUGGACUGCAAUAAAGCUUUAAAGUAGAUUAUCAGACACGAACAAAUGGUGUCAAUAUAACAAUAAAAGUUACGCUUUAAUAAUAAUUAUACAUUAUACACAAGUAAACGUUUCGACACAUGCCUUCUCCUAUUUUCUUUUUUAGGUAGGAUAUGUAUAUUUAUGUUAUGUAAAUUUAAUUUAUACUUAUUUAAAUGUUUUUGUUUUUUUUGUACACCCUCAAAAUGUUAUUUUACUUCUGCUUUUCAAGGGGAUGGUGUGUUAAUGAUUUGUUCAAUGGUUGAGUGUUUGGUGUCGAAGAUUAACUGUGCAGCUGUUGCUCUGUAUUUGUGACGUAUCUGGGUAUGGGAGACUACGUUGUUAUUCCCUCAACAAAAGACAUUGCAGUCAACAUAAAAGUGUAUUUUUAAGGGGACAAUGAAUGAAAUAUUGAAAGUGCCAGAAGUUUACCCAUUUACACAACCGCUUCUUAAUAAAUGACAAAUCAAGUACAAUCACAUAGAUGAAAACAAACAUUCAUGAAAAGGAUUACACGAAACUCUUUGUUUUCAUUGGUUGCUAUUUUUCCGCUUAAAACUUUAUUUUAUUGAAAGGGAAAAGACUGGAACAUUAAAUUGUUCAGUUUACCAAAAAGAUCAUAUUUUAUUUUAGCAAGAAGAAACAAAAUGUAUUCUGUUUUUGUUUUUUCACACAUUGCUACAUUUGCUACAUUGCUACAUUUGCUACAUUGCUACAUUUGCUACAUUGCUACAUUUGCUACAUUGCUACAUUUGCUACAUUGCUACAUUUGCUACAUUGCUACAUUUGCUACAUUUGCUACAUUUGCUACAUUGCUACAUUUGCUACAUUGCUACAUUUGCUACAUUGCUACAUUUGCUACAUUGCUACAUUUGCUACAUUGCUACAUUUGCUACAUUGCUACAUUUGCUACAUUGCUACAUUUGCUACAUUGCUACAUUUGCUACAUUGCUACAUUUGCUACAUUGCUACAUUUGCUACAUAUUUUUUAAAGUUUUUUGUCGUGUGUUAUAAAAUAAAUUAUACAUUCCUUUUUUUUCGUCUACACAGUUUUAUUAAAUUGGCUAAAUGAUGUAUCGAUACUUUACCCAGGGCAAGAUAUUCAACCUUAUCCCUUGUGAAAUUCAAGUUGAGGAGGCAUAUAAGGAGACAGUCAGCUAUUUGUUGGUUGGCGGUGAGAAAUUCACUUUUACUUCCCUUUUAAAGUUAUUUAGCAUUUAAAUGUUGCAUUCAUUGACCAGUGCGGGACGAACCGUGAGCUCUAGCUGAAUCGCUGACAUGCUACGAGCGGUCAUCUUUUACAUGAGAUCAGAUUGUCUCUGUACGGGAGUCACUCUAGCCUAGAGUUAGCUCAGUGGACAAACUACCCGCCAAACAGACUUUUCACGUCCUGUGAGAUCUUGGCAAGUGAUGUGCGAUCUUGGCAAGUGCUGUGAGAACUUGGCAAGUGCUGUGAGAUCUUGGCAAGGACUUUGAGAUCUUGGCAAGCGAUGUGAGAUCUUAGCAAGCGCUUGAGAUUUGGCAUAUAACAGUACUGAUAUUUUCUAAUAAAUAAAUGAAAGUUAAUAGUUUUUUUUGUUUUUUUUUGUUUUAAAGUUCACUAUUUCGGUUUCAAUUUAAGUCGAACUUGUUAUUUGUUAUGUAAUUAUGUUUGCCAUAUGGUAGUUAUUUAUUUGUCAAUUUAUUAAUUUUGAGAUGUUUUUGUUACUUCUUUGUUUCUUCUUUGUUACUUCUUUGUUACUUUAUCUUUAUUUUUUUUCUAAAUACUUUUCGAGGUAAAUGAAGAAAAAUAAACACAAGAAAAUCUUUAAUAACAUUUAGAAUUAAUCAAUUGAACCUUUAAAGGUGAGAAGACUCCAGUUCCUAAUUCAUAAGUAAUCCGUCAUUCCAGGUAACCCCAGCAGCUACCUGGACAUGUUCACAAUCAACUCAGAGAAUGGAGAUCUAUACACGUUACAUCUUGACCUGCUCAAGUAUUCGCUGAGCUUUUUCAUCAUAGUCCAGGUUGAUAUUCUUACAAUCUGUAGAAUCUUUAUUUGACUGAGGACAUAUGCUUCUCUUUAAAAAUUAAAAAUCACAACAAAAACAAACAAAACACCCAGUUUUGAUGUAAAUUAAUGACCUAAUAAUCUCGGCAGGUGUGUUUCGUCUUGUAAAUUUUAAACAUAUGUUUUUCCCCCUCAAACUUAUCAUCUGUUGUUGGGGUUUUUUUCUCCGUUUUUCAAAAGUUCGGUGUUUUUAAUUCACAAACAGCGAAAACAAAAAUACAAAAAAUAAAAUAAAUAAAACUAAAUGAAUGAGGAUCAGUGUAAUGUAUUCGCUGUCCAUGGAAUAAGACACCGGUAGCAUCGCUUUUUACUCCAGUUUUAAGGUAAAAACAAUAUUUUAAAAAUGAGAAUUCAAGAAACGGGAUGAUCUUUAUUGCUUUCUUUCAAUCGGUGCAGGCCAUGAGUAAUAACCCAGACCAUCAACAUCACGAAUCGGCCCUUGUCUAUGUUCAUGUUUUAGUAGAAGAAGAAGCUGUCAAAACAUCCCAAACAACUGCAACGCUGGAAGGUAGCAUUUUCAUUCGUCUUAUUAGUUAA